CGUCCGUUUUGCGCACUCGCGCCCGUCUCCGCGUCUCGCUUCGCACGCUCCGAAGGCUCCGAAGAGAUCGGAGCUUUUCAGAGCGCCAGGCCUGGCGGCGGCCCGUAAAUCCUCCGCGGGAUCGCGCGCGCAAGCGAGAACGCGAUUGGCCGCCGCGGCCGCCCCACCCCGGUCGCCGGUCGCGUCGGGUACGCUCGUCAGUCGGGCUCGGGCCACGGUCGGGCGCGUUUUGUGUGUCGUCUGGUCGCGCUCUCACGUACGCGAGCGUACGGGUUUGUCACUGAGAGAGGAAAAAAGAUUGAGCUCGGCCGCGCGUAGCAUGUCUUGACUAGCAGGGAGAGGACGCUUCGACUGGCAGACAAGGGUUCUCCACAAUGGCGGGCGGUCAACAGCUUCCGGAGCAGUACACGGUGCCGCAGUACGCGCGGAUCUUCCACAGUCUGCCGCAUCUCAACGUCUCUUUACACUCGGUCAAUAAUACGUUCAAUCCCCACUCCGAGAUCUAUUUGGAGAGCCUCGGGAUACUGGGAAGUAUUCCUGCAGCCUGGUUGAUUUUAACUCUGCUGGUAUUGCUGGUUUAUUUGGUAACGAGAUGCUGCGACCGAAGGCCGCGCCCCAAGAAGUCGAUAACCGUGCUCAAGUGCUCACUCGCCGUCCUGGCGUUGAUCUGUAGCGGAGCGGUCGCUGUUGGCCUUUACGGCAACGACGACGUGCACAACGGCUUGGUGCAACUCGUAGCAGCUGCGAAGAACGUCGAUGGGAUCCUCACGGGCGUCAGAAAUCAGACUGACACUAUAGAGGCGACUCUGAGGAAAAAAGUGCAGCCGCAGCUAACUGCCCUCGGAGAUGAAUUCGACGCCCCGGUCAGCAAUAAAACUAUGCUAGGUUGGCUACUAGUGGCGCUUAACGGUAUGAAGCAAAACACGAGCAUCGCCGUAAAUCGGAGCUUCGAGAUACGAAAGCCCUUGAGCGGCAUCAGUCUUGCCGGCGCCAUCGGGUUGGGCGAGAAGAUCGAGCAGUUGCGAUGGCCCAUCACUAUGGCAGUCCUGAGCGCUCUACUUGUCCUCUGCGUGGUCCUGGUGGUCGGCGUCGCACGGCACUCCAGAUGCGUCCUUAUAACAUUCUCCGUGUUCGGCUUGUUUGCGGUUAUCGUCUCUUGGCUCAUGGCGUCCUUAUACCUGGCCACCUCUGUAGCUCUAGGUGAUCUCUGCGUAUCGCCCGACGGUUACUUGAGCAGGGCCGUACCGUCGACCUUAGCCUCCGAGGUGCUCUCGUACUACACGCAUUGCGAGAACACCCGCAGCAAUCCGUUCACGCAGAGACUGCGGGACGCGCAGCGCGCGGUGGGCAACAUGAGGCAUAACUUGAACACGGUGACUCGAUUAGCGGUAGAUCUGUUCAAAGAUCAGCAGCUCCAGCCGAAACUCAGCAGUUUGUCCAUUGACGUUAAUACCGUGGACAGACUCGUGUCCGGUUUAGCUACGUUACUCGACUGUAAACCUCUGCACAAGCAAUACGUUCACGCCGCCAAGAGUUUGUGUCAUCUGGGAUUGUAUGGAUUGAGUUUUAUGCUAAUAGCCAGUUUAGCCGCAGGUCUCUUGUUCACCGUAUUGGUUUGGGUGGAUUCUCAUACGUGGAUAUACAUACGAAAACGAAGGGAUUAUCAUCAGGUUGACGAGCAGGAUCCUUACUUACCACCAUCGGCGGCGUCGCAGGCGAUAGCAGCAAGGACCCUUCGAGGCCAAGGGUCGUACCCGCCUACAGCCCCUACGCUUAAUUCGAAUGCUCUUGGCACUCAUAAUACGAUUAAGCAGCCUCUCUUGCUAACGCCGCCCCCACCGUCCUACGCUACUGCGACUGCUCGAGCACGUCAACUGCACGAGAGCAUGUUAAAAGGUGGGGGUGUUAACGGGAGCGGAGGGGGCGGGGAUCACAAAUCGUCUCAGCAUAAUCAGCAAUCGACGGGUGGACGAGCUGAGCACCGUUCUGGACUCGGAGAUCAACCUGGCCAGUACGCGACUCUGAGCAAGCAGUGCAAGACGCUAGAGUCGAGUGACUUUUACUGAGGGCACGCCCCCGCAGGGCCCGGUAGAGAACCACCUUGGACGCCCAGCGUGGCGUCCUUCACCGGUACCCUGUCUCACAAUUCGCACGGGCCCGCGCAUCUCGCUACUUUCCAGGAUUCGCGAAAGACGCAAACGCUGGAUCCGAAGAACCUGGCCAAUCUGAAGAGGGGCCCGACUCCGGCCUGGAAUCAAAAUCGACCGCUUCCGCCGAAUCCAGCGAGUCAGCAGCCUACGUGGGAGUUCGAGUCGCGUUCGCAGACCAAUAUGAAUCAGUUUCGGUCGUUGGUGCGGAACAAGGCACCUAACAUUCGCAUCCAGGAUCAAAUGCAAGAUCAGGUCAGAACUUUGGACAGGAAUUUCUCGCGCAGCCAGUUUAACGGUACCGCCCCGCAGAACAACACGGUGCCGAACAUGUACGGCACGUACAAUCGGGCGCAGGGGAGGCAGGAGAAGCCGACGGUGGCUACGCUGAGUCAGGUACAGGGUAGCGAUCCUAAUCUGUACGCUGUAACGGAACUCUAAUCGUCGAAAACGCAAGAGGAUGCGGGAUCGUGAGUAUUCGCGGAGUAGAGGUAUCUCGUCGUUUUUACAAACAGAGUGUCGUCCUUUAACAAGGCUCGGAGUAUGCGAUUCGGAGUUCCUAGAGAAACGGAGAGAGAGGAGAAAACGGUAAACUGAUUUCGGGGACCUGCGACAAAAGUGAGAGAAACGGGGAGGGGGCGAAAGGAAAGAAAAAAAGAAACACAUUUUUAGAGAACUUGGAGACUUGUGUGAGACAUAUACUUAAUAUCCGAGAUUUUGUACUUGUAUAUCAUGUACAGUGAUUGUGGUACGUCCUUCUACGUUAUCCUCCCUCUUUGUUAUCGCGUUCUUGAUUAGACCAAGUUUAUCCAGGCCGGAAUGCAUACUUGAAGCGGCGACGUAUGCAUUUAAUAUUGCUUGUCGGCUCAAAAAGCUGCAUUAACGAACGUGCACAACAGAAAUUUUCACAUUGAUAUCGUUCACCAAGUACUGCUCGCUUGUUCAUUCUAAAUUAGCUGUUAAUUUUAGCGCGCGACGUUUGACGUGCCGAGGAGUCGGGUGUCGCGACUCCUCCGAAGGAGAUACCAAAAUACGAUGAAGGGACUGCUGCGAUAUAUAACGGUUUUUUAUAUACUUUUUACAUUUUAACCGAACGAAUCUAUGUUGAAUUUUCCGUGAGAGAUAUUUCAUAUACUUUAUAUAUGUGUGUGGAAAAACAAACGUAUACAUCUAGUUACCGCACGAAUGUCUGGUGAUUUUUACGAGACUCUUUGGCAGAAUUCGAUUGAUUGUACGCCACGCUCUCGAUACUGCCAAUGCUCAGGCGAAUAUACUUUUAAGUACAAAGACGGUGUUAGCACAGGCGUUAUGGGUUUUCAGUUGUCUUUAUGUGCGAACGUAAAAAAGGGGGCUAAAAAGGAAAUGACUGUCCGACGCAUCGACAAAGGAUAUUUGGAACAUACUUCCACAGGCGGUAUUAGUUAAAGAUACUCUUUCUGAAGACAGUGAGAAAAGUAAAUCUGAAUCUUAUACUUGGUAAGGGUCGAAAAUGAAUUUUCUGCGGAGCGCAGUCUUCCUGAGAACAUUCUACAACGCUAGAGAUAUACCGAGUAUCUGGCGAUUAUUCGUCGAGUCGAAUGAUAGCCAGUUGAAGAAAAGCGUUGUUUACUGUUACAAGUAUACAGCGAUAAUAUUCGGUACAUCUCUUUCUCUCUAAUAAUUGAUUACUAUCUAAAAGUUUGUAAGAGUCGGUAGAUUUUCAGCAAAUGACUUUGUACUGGCAUCCGCAUAUAAUUCAGUAAGUCUGUAUAUAAAGCAGUAACACUUAAGAUUAUUGAGUAAUCGUAAAGAGUGUGAUAAAACCGAAUCUAGAUGUUAUGACGAAUUUUGCGUGGAAGCACUCUCUGCCAUUUUUUGGUUGUUUGGUAUUUGGUUGAACAAUUUGACCACGACUUUGCGCAAAGGAAAAUCGUGCCAUUCCAGGAAAACGUGCAUUUAAACUACUUUCCAGGAUUUUCUUAGGGCUUGUGUUUAGUCGAGUAAAAAUCAAUUAUAUAUAAUCGCAAUACCGAGCAUCUUAAGAAGAGCGUGAAUAGCAAAAGAACUUAAUCCAAUGUAAAUAAUUGUAAUAUUUAUUACAAGAGCGAUAGCUCGUAGACUAGUAGCAUAUAGUUUAGUUGAAUGCUAAUUUAAGUUUCGACGAUUAAAUAUAUGUGAAUGUGUGCGCGCGCGCGCGCGCGUAAUAGGAAAUGAACGAAAUAUCGUUUUGUUCACUUUGGAGAUGAACAAGUAUCCUAGUCAGUAUAUAAAGUUGCGUACCAUUCAGUAAUAAGAUCUCUUGCCAAAUUUUUAACCCGGCUCAAUUUGAGAAAAAGGAAAAGAAAAGAGGUUAAGCCACGUAAAGAGAAAUCUGUUUUCUUAAAAGCAUAUUUGUAUCGUCACUAUUAAUACGUACGGAAGCUAUAUUAGUGCGACAUUGCCCCCCGAUACAUGUUCUAGAUUUUAAGAGAGAGAAAUUGCUUAUCGAGAAAGUAUACAAACAUAAUCCAGCUUCAGUGUUUUAGCACAGAGAUAUACGCUGUGUGUCCGUAAUAUGUAGCUAUUGAUCAUUUACUUUUCCUACUUUCCAGCAAGUAUUUGUCUCGAUUUACGAUAAACUUUAACUUACGGCUCAAUGUACAAAGAAUCCACUUGUGACGCAUCUCUCGCUGUAUUAGCUAAAGUGCAUACGUACUAUGUUUGAUUUAUCCGAUACCAUUUUUCCCUUUCUUUUUAAUGCUUGAUAAAACACUGGAGGUGGACACGUCUUGAGACAUUUGGUGACAAGAGGUUGCUCGAGAUUUUACAGCAAUGCGCGCAAAAACGGGAUCAAUGUAGCAUCGUUCAGAUUGGAAAGCUGUCAAUAUCUCGGCGAUAUUCAAUCCGGGCGAGACUUACAGGCGAGCGAAAAGAGCCCGUUUAACACGUAUUUUAAAAUAAUCUAGAACACAGAAAACGUUGUUAAACUCUUAACGAUUGUUAACGGAACUUUGGUUUGUCAAUUUUUAUAGUAGAAACGAGAGUCACGCCACUUUUUCUAACGAGUAAAUCAGCAUUUAAGUUUCUCAUCAUUUUUAUACGGUAAACGUAAUGUGGUGUAAAAGAAGGCGACGGCGUUUGCAUUAACAAACACGAACAAGAGGAAAAAGGGAGAUCAGGAUGAUUGAGAGAAUAAGAGAGCAUGUACGCGAGUGUAUACGUCUAUUAUAUACAUAUAUGUGUAUGCGUGAUAGAGGGAGAAAGAGAGAAAGAACGGAAACUCAUUAUUUUCAGAUAAUGGGAGUGAUGUAAUGAUAUACAACGUUGAGCAACUCAUUCGAAUCUGAACAUUUUCUUGGCCUACGGCAAUUUCUCAUCGCAGAAGACAAAAAAAGGAAAAUAUAGUUAAUAAACGAAAAUCAAAAAAGAUUUCGCGGAAUUUGAUUAAAUGUUACAUCGACAAAUAUGGAUAUGUGACGAGAGAGAGAGAGAGAGAGAAAGGGAGGGACAUGAACACGGGAGACCUAAGCUUUUGUGCACCUUUUAAGACUGAUACUGGAUACGCCGAAGAAUCCAGGGCUCUAAUGUUUUUCCGUAUAUGCAUAUUUUGCAUAAGUAUGUAAUACUUUACACGUGUUCGGCAUAGGAUAUGACGGAACGUUUAUUUCUGUCAUAGAGGUUAGGUCUUCUGUUUGAUUCUUUUUCCAUUUAAUUCCUCACGUAUUUCUCUCUCACUGCGCGAAAGAGAUUUAUUUACCAAGUAUAUGUAGAGGCUACUCUCGAUUACUCCAGAGAACUUACCUAAGUUAUAAUUGUGUCUUUCUUUGUAUGUGCGGUUUUGCGAAUUUUCAUGUAAUAUAAAGAGACUUAUCUCGGAGAGGAUGCAGGAGAAUGAACGAAGCUCGUUAAUCGAUACCACUUUUUGUAUAUUACGAUUGUGUCUAAUUGCCAUAUUCCGGAUUUAAUUCCUCCUAUUGUAACGGAACAUGAAUAUUAUAAAAAGAGAAAUAAAACCCUAAGAUCCAUAA